AUGAAAAGAGCGAUACCGAUUCAUGGAACUGUUGAUGAACUCUUUAGCGACGUCAAGGAGUCGUUCAGGUUUUCACUUUUUUGAAAAAUUGGUACCUCGAGUUUUGCAUAGACCUCAGUUUCAGUUGAAAAAAUUUCUAUUUUUUAAAAAAUUUGUUUUAGUGAAGUAAUGUUCAAAGAACAUGAUAAAAUUCUCGAAUAUCGGAAAGAUAGUAAAGGCGAUUGCUUUUCAAGCCUUUACUAUUGUAUUUUUCAUUUUUAGAGACUAAAUAAAUUAAAGUGACAGCGCUGAAUCUGACAGAAAAACCAAAAAUGACUUUUAAAUGAAAAGGAGAUUUUUAAUAACCCCAGGAAUAUCUCACCUAUGCUUUGAAAUUGAUAACCUUCAGCAAAAACUUCAAAGAAGGAUGGGAAAAAGCGGGCGCCGCGUUUUGUGUGAUCCAUCGCGGACAUGUUGUCGUUGACCUCUGGGGAGGCUAUGCGGAUGUUGAGUGCAAGUAAUUUUCAGAUUUAGAUCAUUUUCCGGGAAAUUUUUUCAGCAAAGAAUGGAAGGAGGACACGAUCUCGACCGUUUUCAGCUGUACAAAAGUGAGAACUUUUCAAUUUUUUUUCACUGAUUUUCAUAAUUUGAGAGCGCCACGGCAAUCUGCUUCGCCAUGUUGGUGGACCGUGGGUUGUGUGAUUAUUCCGAUAAGGUGAAAAUUUUUUUUCCUGUUAGGUAUGAAUAAGGAAAGAUUAAGAGAAAAUAGACUUACGAACAAAGCGGGGUUUCUCUGCGUCUCUUCAUUUCCUGUAUACUAUCCAGCUUUAGAGGGGAAUUCAACAUUUUUGCUUUUUCUUUUUGAAAUGAAAAAAAGUAGAAGGUCUCUUUUUUUACCUUAAAAAAAUAAGGAAAAAUAAAGUUAUAAGAGUGUCUUCCGUCCUUCUGAAAAUCGAGUAUUUUAAUUUUCUUGUCACUAUUUUCAAUCGAAAAGUUCAAAAACCUUCAGAAUUAAACUUUUAUGGUUUAUUUGAACUUAAGAAAGCGCUCACUAGGGAACUACUCUCAAGAGAUUUGACUCGGUGCCGUCACUGGUGCCGCUAAGAUUUGGCACUGCUCGGCGCACCGUGCAUGUGAUAGUGGAAACCCCAGUCAUUUUUGGUGCUUUUUCGGUGUCAAAAGAGUGCAGCUGCACGGUGCAUGCCCCAAAUCUCUCAAAAAUGGCUGGCUGCAAUAUCCCGAUAGAGCGCACUUUCUCACGUUGUAUUCAAGAGCUGGCGGACCGCUUACUGCUCUAUUCGUUCGCUCGAUUGAUUUGCGAUAACCAUUGAACUUACAUUAUUUACUACAAUUUUUAUUGAUAUAAAAAAUAAUGCAUGAAAGAAAUUUGUUAAAUAUACCGCAAGUAGAGGAUCGAUUAGGGAAACGCUAUACAAGAAAAUGUUAGAACAGAUGUAAUGAUGCGCGGAUAUUUUGUAGUGAAAGUAAUAAUUGAGAUGCCAUUUUUGAAAAAUGGAAGUACAUCAAGUAUACGACAGAGAUAUGGCUUAACAAUAUAAUAUCUGAGUGAGCGUGACCAAAACCGGUUAUUAACCUUAUAGAUUAGUAAAUAGGUCAUUAUGUAAUAGUGAAGAUGGGGAAAUUAUGGGGCAGGUUUGAAAUUUUUUUAACGUUUGCUUUGAAUUUGUUGAAGGUUGAAAAUAUUGGACUUAUGUUGAUCUUUGAUUGAACGCUAACUGUGAAUUUUAAAUGUCCAAAACUAGAAGUUUGCGCAGGUUACCACUGGAAAUCAAGGUAAUUUUUAUUUGCGAUUAGGAAUCUUCUAAAACUUGGUUAGAACGUUCCUCGUUGUACCAGGUGAAGAUUCUGAAAUUUCAACCCUGCACAGCCUCUAGCUGCUGAGAAAAAAAAACCCUCACAGGCAACGAAACCCUCAAAAUCCGUGAAAAUAGGCGAUUUGAGGGCUGUGAGGUCUUUUUCUCGAGAACUAGGAAGUUGUGUAGGUUGAGACUUCCAGAAUCUUCAUCUGGUACAUCAAGGAGUUUUUUGACCAAAUUUGAGGAAAUUCGUAACCGCAAAGUAAAAUGACCUUUCUGCUGAGCGGAUUAGAUUACUAGAUUAUCACAUAACUACUGAGCAAACUAAAAAAAAAUUCAAGCACACGCAAAAAAGACUGCCCAAGUAAAAAUUAAAAUUUCGAAGAAAUUUGAAAGUUAUACAGUGGGUUAAAAAUGACUAGACGAAAACAACGGAGAAGUUCUCAAAACAGGGAAGAUAGCCAAAAAUGGUAUUAUUAAACUAAUACUUGAGAAAAAAAUAAAAUAAAAUUUUUGAAUUAGAAAUGUAGACAUUUCGUCGGACAGAAGAUAAAGAUUUGGUGUGCUGCGCAAUCCAUCGCAUUUCCAAGUUGAUCUGAAAAAUUGAACAAUAAAACAAGAAAAAUUUGAAAUAAAAAAACUCACUUUUUUUAUAUUAUAAUUAGUUUGAAACUUAACAAAAAAGUUUUAACUGAUUUCGAAACACAAGUUUGACAUAAAGUUAUUAGUUUUAGAGCCACAUUUGCGUUAGGAGGCUCAUGAGAUUUGUUCAUCAGAGUAAUAAGACCGAUUUAAUGAGACCGAACAAGAAAUUCUUCUCUUCGUGGUGUUCAAAGAAUUUAGUUGAAUGGUGGAAAGACAGGGGUGUCACUAAAUAUGGAACGGAUUUUCAAAAAGCUUGAGCUUUUUCAUUUGGUUGUUUAAUUGUGACUCCUUUUUUUGUUUUUAUUUACCAGGAUUUCUUCUAACAAUGUUCCAAAGAUUACUUCCUAAUAUACGGUUUUUUCCUUGAAUUGGCUGAAAAAUGCUGAAUAGAGCUUAUUUUCUUAUCGGAAGCUUCCUUCUUACUUACUACCAUCACAUUUUUUUUGUUUCAUGCACAUUUGAGAGGACGGUUAAUAAGAAAAACAGUCAAAGAUUGGUAAGGGGCAUCUAUUCCAGGUCUUCCUGGCUCGGAACAUGAGGACGGUCGAAAUAAUUAUCAGAAACAAGCUAAGGCUCAAGUGCUGUCAUUUCAAAACAGCGGUCCUUUUCGUUCAGAGUAAAUGAGUAAAGGCAAGACAUCUGGACUCAUCUUUAAUCUUCUCAGCACUCCUUCCAAACUGAAUCACGGCUUUAAAACUCACUUACAGGAAUUUUGAAAUCGAAAUUGAAGUUAUGUGAGAAACUUUGACUACUAGCAGAAGGUGAAUGGAAAUAAAGAGUCAAAUUUUUGCACAUAUUUAAAUGAAGAUGUGUUGGACAUCCUGAGAAAAUUUCAUGCUCCAAAAAUAAUUUACCUCGAUACGAGCUUUGUUCGAAGUUUUUCAUCCAUAUUUAUUGGUCACUCUGUAAUUCCUAGGAAACUAAGGAGUUGUACACGUGAGACUUCCAAAAUCUUCUCCCGUGAAUUAAAGAAAGUUCUGACCGAUUUUCAGGGAUUUCCUAAACGCAAAGUUAAAUGAGCUUUCUAGCAAAACAGGACUGUGCCGCAAUCGAGUUUGAGUCGCUAAUUAAGUAUAUAGAUAAUUACAGUACCGUGCAGUAAGAUAUACAAUUUCACUUUUUUCGUCAUAACUUUUGCAGAAGUUGUCCGAUUUCUGUCAAACUUUCUACAGUUGUUACUUGCAGAUCCAGUAUUUUAACACAAGAAAAUCAGCUGGGUGGCUAAUUGUGGUAGUAAGUUACAGCUUGAAACCUGGAAUCAAAAGAAUCUCAAAAAAUUUCAAAAAAAAUUUUUUUCGGAUUAUUUCAUUCUAAAUUUUAUAAUUAGAGCUGUAGCGGAAGUUUCAACAGUAUCAGAGAGUAUUUGGAACAAGUAAAGCCAGAAAAAGCCGCUCAAAAGCCGAAAAGGCUGAACUCAUGAUCUGAUUGGAAGGAGUUUAUUUGAAUUUUUGUCGGAUUUUAGAAAUGAGUUACUGAACGAAAACUGCUAAAUAUCCGAAAGACCUAGACAAGGGCUGUAAACUAAUAAGUUUUACAGAAAAUUAUUGCGGUUUUCAUUGUUCAACUUCAAAUUACUUCGCUUAGAAUUCAUCAAUCUGAUGAAAACAAAAAUUAUCUUAUUAAACCAAUUUCUCAGUCGAUUAUAAUCCUGAAAUGACUGGAGGCUCUAGAACUUUCAAAAUUUUUUUUGAGAAAGGUUCUGCUUUUGAAAAAAAAAUUUUUGCGAAAAAAAGAUUUUUGAAAUUUGGAAAGCCGUUGAUCAACAAGACAAUAGUGUAAACAAAGAAGUGAAUAAAAAAACUCACUAUCAAUUUUUUUGUUUCAUUUUUCAAUAUGCAAUACUGCAAAGCGCCAUAAAGGCAGGCGUGACUUUUUUAAUUUUAAUAAUUUCAAAAAGUGUAUUUCGAGCUUAUUAAAUUUUCAUAGAUCCUUCAGCUCACUAGUCACUAGCUUUUCUCGAGGAAGUAGGCUCGUUUUUAUUAUUGUACGGACUACCAUUUGCUAACAAAAAGACCCAGCUUGAGAAUUCAAUGACACUAGUAGUACUUUGAGAUCUCCAUAAAGCAGGGAACUUAAUUUUUAAUUGCGGAACUAAUCUUUCCUUUUUGGAACGAGGAAAGCACUGACGACUCCCUCACUACAAAAAAAGAGCACAAUUUUGGAUUUCAAAGGUGACGUUCAUGUAAACUAUUUUCUUUUCAAAUGCUAUUUUUGUUCGAUGGUCAGCGUGGAAAAAAACAAAUGACUAGACUGUAAAAAUUUUUUUAAAAAAAGCAUAUUAUUACGAAUUUAUAUCGAAAAAAAUGCGAAAAAUUAUGUUUUUUUAUUUCGCGGAGCACGGAAUUCGGCCCUUCCCUGGUCUUCUGUAUCCAAAGCAUGUAAAAGAAGUUUCUCGACUUUUGCCUUUGAGGCCAGGCACCCUAGAUUUCAAGUACCAAAUGACAGAAAUGGCCCUUAAAAAAAAUACGAAAAACAAAGCACUGCACUUUUAAAAUCUUAACUCUUCAUACGUCGAUAGCAGCUCUAGCUCCAUUUUCUUGAACGAAAAGCGUAGACCAUUUAUGAUUCUGAAGUUAACAACGAAAAUAGUAAGUUUUAGCGAAAGUAAUAAUAAUGGUGAAGCCUUAACGGUAAUUAACGUUAGCUUAGCUAUUGCACGGUACAAAAAUUUAGUGAAAAUAACCGUUUCAUUAUAAUAGCGACUACUCGAUUCAGAAUGAAAAUUAUAUUAGAAGAGAUUUCAGUAUAAUUAUUCGGAAAGCUCACAAAAAUAACAGCGAGAAAGAUAAAUCGUACUUCAAAUACGAAUAGGUCGUAUGUAUGAUAAACUUUCUUUGAAAAACGUUUUGCGUCCUAUAGUUUUUAUAGAUUUGAAAAUUCCAAUGGAAAGUUACAAAUAAUUACUUACUUACUUACUUACUUCACAAAAAACUGUCACAAAAAACUUUCAGGACUAAUAAAACGUUAUAUGAAGAAAAGUCUCCAGCAUAUGUACAUUGAACGAUAUAAACGUAGUUUAACACAAGAAAAUAUUGAAAUUUCACCGAAAAAACACACUAAAACAAUAGAAUUUAAUGUAAAAAACAGAAUAAAGAAUUUAAAUGGAAAAUGGCGCCAUUUUGCCUUUGCUGGGUCUUGAACGGAGGCUGCGCCUUUAAAAGCGCAGGCUUGCGCUAUGUUUUUGCACCAGAUAUGCACUGCAGUGCACCGAUUUGACACCGCUUUCCAAAAUUUUGAGGGCUUCCCUCAAAAAAGCCUAAAUUUGACACUGAAUUUACACUUUGCUCGGAUUAGGCACCGUGACAGCACCGUGCAUUUGGAGACCAGGUCUCAAAAAAGUGCCUGCACAGAGCAUAUGAUCUGCUGAGUACUCGGACUCGGGUACGCGUUUCGAGUUGACACUUUGGUGGAUUAUAGACCCGAGUAAGAGUACUUGGAAACAAGAGAGAUUAUCUGCUAAACCCCAUAGGCUGCUGAGAAAAAGCUUUUUGAAAAUGAACAAUUUAGGCUUGAAAAAUAUCAAAUUUCUGUUUUCCUCCUUCUUUUGGCUGGAAAAAUGUUGCUUAGUGUUUAUUAUAGCCGGAUCAUUUAAGGCGAUUGGAUAAAAACAUAAAAUAAGGUAAAAAGCAGUAUUCUGAAAAUUUUCAGGCCUAAUUUUCACAUUUUCUACUAAAUUUUUCUCAGCUCUCUAUCGGGUUUAGCAGAUAUUCUCUCUUGUUUCCAAGUAUUCUGACUUGGGUCUAUAAACCACUAAAGUUUCAACUCGGUCCGCGAUUACGAGUUCGAGUAGUUCCCUAGUCAGAUCAGAUGAUUAAGUAGGCUAAGCCUCACCACUUGAUAGUUUUAGGUGACCAAGUACUGGCCAGAAUUUGGAGCCAACGGGAAGGAAGACAUCACCAUCGAUAUGGUGCUCUCUCAUACGGUUGGUAAGCCUUUCCAAUUGAAAUUCGAAAUGAAAAUGCAGUUAUUGGGUUCUUUUAUGAUGAAAAUUCAUUUUGAUUAGUUUAUUAGAAGUUCUUCAUGAAGCAACUUUUCAAGGAAACUUGAACCGAAGGCUUUUUUGAACCAGACUUUCGAACUUCUACAUUAUUUCCAACCCUUUUCAGACGCUAAAUUAACUUUCAUAGAAUUUUCAAAAUGCCUGUGAAUUCCCGUGAAAAAUUUUUCACUUGAAAAUGCCUGUAAAUCCCGUAAAAAAAGUUUUUACUUGAACUUAAGGCCGGAAUUCCCUACUUCAACAAGAGGAUCACCUUUGAUGAACUGCUUGAUAACGAGAAAAUUGCAAAAAUCAUCGAGACUCAGGCGCCAAUUUUCCCACCUGGAUCCAAAACGGCCUACCAGCCGUUGACUUUCGGUUGGAUGGCUGAUCAGGUGAGAAAUUUCACUAAUUUGGUGAUUUUAAAGACGUUUUCAUGUUGAAUUUUCAACAGGAAAAGGAAAAAAAAAAAGAAAAAAAAAGUUUAUUUUGAAAACCUCACAUGUAAAUCUAGGAAAUUCGUAAAGAAAAUGCAUGUUGAUUGUAUUUUUCCCUUCCUUAUUAUCCAGUAGCUUCAAAAAAAGACAGCCCAAAAAUUCAAAACAACAUAAUUUUCAGAUCUUCAGAAAAAUCGAGCCUCAAAAUCGAACAGUUGGCCAGUUUUUCCGUGAUGAGUUGGCCAUUAAACAUCGUGAGUCUCAAUAUCCUUGAUUAAAAAAAUUAAAAAUUUUUUUCAGACAUUGACAUGCACAUUGGCGACUGUACGGCUGAAGAGAAUCGAUUAGCGAGAUUAUUCAAAAUGAGCCGAUUGUUGGCUGUUCGGUAGUGUAUCCUUGACUAGAAGGAUACAAUUUUGAUUUUAGAGAAUUUGGCUAUGACAAGAUGUUGGCCAAUAUGGCUAGGUAUUAUUAUAAUCCGCGAGGUUAUUUCCAAAGAGCCAUGGACAAUAUGCGCGACUUUGGAUCUGUUAGUUUAAAAAAACCAAAAAAAUUAUAAUUAUCAAUUCAGGACUUUACAAUUUACAAUAACAGUGAUCUUCGUAUUACUGGCCAGCCAGGGGUCAACGGCGUGGCUUCUGCUCGGGCCUUGGCCCAACUCCAUCAACUUAUCCUCGAUGGCUCAAUUUUGUCGAGUGAAGCUGUCAAAGUAAUCAUAAAAUUCUAUUUGAAAAACCCUUCAUUUUGUCAAGAAAAUAUCAACACCAGUGAAUGGACCUUCAUUUGAUCAUACUUUGGGAGAGCCUCAAGUGAAAGAACGAGGAUUUACCUACGACAAGAGUCCAAAGGUUUUUGGAGCUUAUUUCAAAACAAUAACAUAGUUUACAGGGAUCCUGGCAAUUCGGUCAUCCUGGCGUUGGAGGACAAAUUGGUGAGAUUUGCAUCGUAAGAAAAAAAAACUUUACUUGAUUCAGUUCGCGCUGAUCCAGAAAAUGAGCUAGUAAUCGCCUAUUUAACAAAUGCUAUGAAGGUAAACCUCGAAGUUUUUUUGAGAACUGUCUGAAUUUAGGCAGGUGUUGGAGAUCAUGUCUUCACCUAUAUGCGUCUGCAGAAGAAAGUCUACGAUACGCUGGCGAGAAUACCGAAAUUUGAAGUGCCGCUUGAAUAG